AGCUCAACAACUUUCCACCUGACUGAGAUAUUCAAAGAAAAACAGAGGAGGGGAAAGGACCGCACUGCAACACACUGCAACACACUCCAACACACUCCACUCCACGUUGGAGGAAAACAUGCAGAGCAUCGGCUCCAUCGGAGGCCGGGGCCUCCUCUCCGAGGACCAGUUCACCUGCUCCAUCUGCCUGGAGAUCUUCGUGGAGCCCGUCUCCACGCCGUGCGGCCACAGCUUCUGCAGGGCCUGCCUGCAGGGCUACUGGAACCACAGCAAGAAGCUGCUGUGCCCCAUGUGCAAGAAGAGCUUCCCCAAGAGGCCCGAGAUGAGCGUCAACCGGGUCCUGGCCGAGAUUUCCUCGCAGUUCCAGGGCCUGAUGGUGGCGGGCGGCGCCGAGGGGGCGGCCCCGCAGGGGUCCACGCUCAACCUGAGCUCCGACACGGCCUACAGCGGCUCCCCGGCGAAGGACACCGGGGAGUUCGCUCGCUCCGGGGACGUUCCCUGCGACGCCUGCAUCGGACGGAAACUCAAGGCUCUGAAAUCCUGCGUCAACUGUCCCGGGUCGUUCUGUGAGGCUCACCUCCGGCACCACAAGAAGGUGAAGACUCUGAUCUCUCACCGCCUCAUCGAGCCCACGCUCCACCUGGACGAGAAGAUCUGCAAGAAGCACGAGCGCCUGCUGGAGCUGUACUGCCGCACCGACCACGUCUGCAUCUGCACCGCCUGCGUGGAGGCCUCGCACAAAUCCCACGACAUCGUCUCGGUCGACCACGAGUUCAAGAAGAAGACGAGCAACCUGGGAAAGAAGAGGUCGGAGCUGAAGAACAUGAUCCGGGAGCGAGCCAAGAAGCUGGACGAGAUCAAACAGUCCAUCAAGGUCAUCAAGGCCAGCGCUCAGAAGGAGCUGGAGGAGAGCUGGCAGGUGUACGCCGAGCUGCAGCGGCUGGUGGAGCAGAGCCAGGCCGAGCUGGUGGAGCUGAUCGCCAGCCGGCAGCGCGAGGCGGAGCGCCACGCGCAGGAAAUGGCCAGGGGUCUGGAGAACGAGCUGAGCCAGCUGAGGAGGAGGAGCAACGAGCUGGAGGCCUUCGCUCAGACGCAGGACAAGGUGGUCUUCCUCCAGAACAUGACGACCCUGUCACCGCCGCCCGAGCCCAACGACUGGUCGGGGGUCAGCGUCGACACCGACCUUUACCUGUCGACCAUCCGCUCCUCCGUCAGCGGCCUCAUCGACAAGUUCCAAGACGAGCUGAAACGGCUGUACGGGAAAGAGCUGAGGAAGGUGCAGAACUACUCCAGUGAGGUGAUCCUGGACCCCACCACGGCCCAGAAGAACCUGCUGGUGUCUGAAGACGGCCGGCAGGUGAAGUACGACGAGCACCGGAACGCUCACUCGGAGAACCCCAAGCGCUUCAGCCCGGCUCUGUUCGUCCUGGGCCUGGAGGGCCUCCGGUCCGGGCGCCACUACUGGGAGGUGGACGUGGCUCGCAAGACGGCCUGGACUCUGGGCGUGGCCCGGGCCUCGGCCCGCCGCAAGGGCGAGAUCAAGCUGAGCCCGACGGGAGGGUUCUGGUGCCUGUGGCUGAAGAACGGCGAGGUGAAAGCUCUGGGGUCGCCCCGCCUCAACCUCCUGCUCCCGGCUCCGCCCAGCAAGGUGGGCGUCUUCCUGGACUACGAGGCCGGCGUGAUCUCCUUCUACGACGCGAAGACGCGCCUGCAUCUCUACAGCUUCAGCGACAAGUUCACCGAGAGCCUGCAUCCCAUCUUCAGCCCGUGCCUCAACCAGGACGGGAAGAACUCCGCCCCCCUCACCGUGAGCGCCGUCAAGCACAGCUGAGGCGUCCACGUCCACAUCAACACAGCAGUGGCGAGUUUGAACACGUUAACUCAACCAAUGUUCAUUUUAUUUGUUUUCUAAGCACUUUAUAUUAAACUUCACAUCAGAUUCUGCAAAACAAAGCCAAUCUUUUUUUUAUAUGUCUAUAUAUAUAAGGAACGAUAGCAAUAAUUGCUCAUGUUUGUUUACAUUAGUCUUAUUGUACAUUGUAUAUACGACCUAAAAGAAGGGUGAUAUGUAUGAAAACACAGGAAGUCUUCAUUUAAUUAUCACUUUAAGGCUUUUAUCCAUUAAAAUGUUUGAUAGGUGGGGAUUUUUUUUUUUUAUCUUUAUAGCUAAAGCUGUUUUCCAGCUUUCUUACAGUUUCACCAAACUCCUGUUUACCAAAAGAGGAUCCUGUCAUUCUUCAGCAGCUUCAUGUUGGAGUCAUUUAUUUAAGAAUAUAAUCCAGGAAGUAAAUAGUUUCUUUCCCAAGUAGCUAUUUAAUUCCGCUACUGUAAGAAAUAAGUAAUAAUUGUAUAUUUUCAGUCCCUCUCCCUCCUCUGCUGGUGGCUGAUGCUUCACCGGGUGAAUGAGUUCGUUUGGACCGUUAAAUGUUCUCUUUUCAUAUGAAAUGUUUGUUUUUGUACCUGCGUUUUGAUGCUUAAUAAAGAUAAUCUGUGGCAAACAAUGA